AUGGCUUCUCCUUUCAGCCCAAAUCCAGAGAUCAAGUACACUAAAAUAUUCAUUAAUAAUGAAUGGCACGACUCUGUUAGUGGUAAAACUUUUCCAACUUUUAACCCAGCAACUGGAGAGAAAAUUUGCGAUAUUGCCGAAGGCGAUAAGGCUGAUAUUGAUCUUGCGGUUGCUGCAGCCAAGCAAGCCUUCAAGAAAGGAAGUACUUGGCGAACUAUGGAUGCAUCAAAACGUGGUCGCUUGAUAUCUAAAUUAGCCGAAUUGAUGGAAAGAGAUCAACAGUACCUAGCGUCUUUGGAAUCCCUCGACAAUGGAAAACCAGUCAGAGUAGCCAAUUUCGCCGAUUUACCGGGAGCGAUGCUAUGUUUCAGGUACUAUGCAGGUUGGGCUGAUAAAAUUCACGGGAAAACCAUACCAGUCGAUGGACCUUAUAUGACUUACACGAGACAUGAACCCAUUGGAAUUUGUGGCCAAAUAAUUCCGUGGAAUUUUCCAUUGCUUAUGGCUUCUUGGAAAUUGGCUCCUGCUUUGGCAUGCGGGAAUGUAGUUGUUUUGAAACCUGCGGAACAAACGCCACUUUCUGUACUUUACCUGUGCCAGUUAGCUGUAGAGGCUGGAUUUCCACCUGGCGUUAUUAACGUUGUACCUGGAUAUGGGCCUACCGCCGGUGCAGCAAUCAGUAACCAUCCUGAUAUUGAUAAAGUAGCAUUUACUGGCUCAACUGAGGUUGGUCAAAUUAUCGCACAAGCCGUUGGCGCAAGCAACUUAAAGAAAAUUUCGCUUGAAUUGGGAGGCAAGAGUCCAAAUAUUAUUUUUGAUGACGUCGAUGUUGACGAAGCUCUGCAAUGGGCUCAUUUGGGCGUCUUUUUUAACAACGGCCAAUGCUGUACUGCCGGCUCCCGUGUCUUUGUCCAGGAUGCCAUCUACGACGAAUUUGUUGCUAAAGCUGUUGCAAAAGCUAAGACUGUUAGAGUCGGCAAUCCAUUCGAUGAUAUCGACCAAGGUCCCCAAAUCGAUGAAGAACAAAUGAAGAAGAUUCUGGAGCUUAUUGACAGCGGCAAAGCUGAAGGAGCUGAUAUGAAAUGCGGUGGAAGCCGACAUGGUGAUCGUGGUUACUUUAUUCAGCCAACUGUAUUCACAGAUGUAAAAGAUGAUAUGAGAUUCGCAAAGGAAGAAAUCUUUGGACCUGUAAUGCAAAUCUUUAAAUUUUCAACAAUCGAUGAAGUUAUCGAGCGUGCUAAUAAUACAGUCUACGGAUUGGCUGCAGCUGUUUUCACUAAAGACAUAAAGAGGGCAAUACAUGUUUCCAAUCACAUACGAGCCGGCACGGUUUGGAUCAAUUGCUAUCAUAUGACUGCGUGUCAAGCCCCAUUUGGUGGCUACAAGAUGUCUGGCUUCGGACGUGAACUUGGAGAAUAUGGGCUUGAACUCUAUUCCGAAGUUAAAACGGUCACUAUUGCGCUUGACUCCUUGGAAGCUAAAUAGAUUCAUUUUAAACAAAUUGUUUACACUUCUUAUGUGAUAUCCGGUAAUUUUGGGAUUUUUAAGUAAAGGUGAUUCCAGUAAAAACGAACAGGCUAAUCUUAUAAUGCAAUUGAACUUCUAUUACAACUAAUUGUUGUAUGACCUACAGUAAUUGACUACUAUCUAUAGUGCAACUUUAAUAUCAUGGUCUACAUAUGUUGUCCUGGUUUACCGUUGAGUUCUGCAUUUAAACUACUUCAAUUUAAAAUCAGUCUAAUUGCUGAAACACACUCGAACUGUCAGAUGAUAUCCUU